ACGAGUUUCUAUGUGGCGCUUGUUUUUUUUCAUAAGGCAGCUCAGAGCGGGGCGGGUACUUGAGCUGCUGUGCGGUCCAUUUCUCGGGGCUACGCCGGUGUUAAAAACUAGUAUAUAAAUAUAAAUAUCGUCGAUCAACGCAUGCGCGGUGGCGUUCACAAUGUGGCUGCCCGCAAGUAAACCUCUUCAACGUUGGUUCAAUCAACGGCACCGAGUUCUGACCUGUAAAGCAGUGUGUGUCCAGCAGUUGUGCAUUAGCAGCAGUCAGUUUACAGAGUCCUGCUAUGAUGGGCUGUAUCCCGGACACAUCCCCACCACCCCCAUCCAGAAAGCACUCUUGGCCGUCGGGUCAGGCGUGGCUGCACUACAAAACCCCUACAGACACGACAUGGUUGCAGUGCUCGGAGAGACGACGGGACACCUAGCGUUGAUUAAUCUCAGGGACAGGAUGCGAAAUGACCCUGAAGGCUACACCAUCCUGAUGGAACGACCCAGGAUCCGAUUAUCUACACUUGAUCUGAGCAAGAUGUCCUCACUGCCCGAUGGCUCCUUUGGGAGAGAAUACUUCCGUUUUCUAGAGGACAAUCAUGUCACUCCUGACUCAAGGGCAGAUGUGAAGUUUGUGGACAAUGAGGAGCUAGCUUAUGUCAUACAGAGAUACCGGGAGGUCCAUGACCUGUUGCACACCUUACUGGGCAUGCCCACAAAUAUGCUGGGCGAAGUGGCAGUGAAAUGGUUCGAAGCUGCUCAGACAGGGCUUCCCAUGUGCACUCUCGGAGCUGUGUUGGGGCCACUCCGGCUAAAUGCAAGCCGUUUACAGACUCUGUUCACGACUUUGGGGCCCUGGGCCCUGCUCAACGGGCGGCGGGCCCGCUGCGUCCUCAGCAUUUUCUAUGAGAGACGGUGGGAGCAGAGCCUCGAAGACCUGCGACAAGAGCUCAACAUCGAACCUCCUCCAAUCACGCCAAGUGCAUCCAAAAAGAGGAGCACCUGAGAGUAACUGUUCAGGAAUCACUAGACAAAAAAAGUCCUCAAAGAGAACUAACGAGAGUUGGAAGUGUGACAAUUUUAGAUAUUAAUUAGGAACUGAGGAAGUUUUAUUCUUGCCUAAACUUAGGUUUUGUUCCUUUUCACAUACCAUUCAUCAUUUUGGCUGAAGUUAUUUUAAGGAGAUGUUGGUGGAGAGCCGUUUUGGUUCAACAGGCCAUAUUUAUUCACUGUCUGAUAUUGAGAAUAUGUUUUUGUAUAAAGAUUAAAAAAUAAAAUACAAAAUGCCUUUGAUCAUCUAUGAAAUAUAACAUAAUGUUAAUGUCCAGGUGUAAAAAAAAAAAAUCAAUAUUCUUCUGACCACUUUAUGGUUAUUGGAGUCAUUGAAUGACUGAGAAACAGUAAAAUGUGAAGCAACAGUUGUACAAAUACUCGUGAGAAAGGAACAGAUGCUGCUGUUUAUCUUAUCUUUUGUCAGCGGGUGAAUAAAGCCUCUCCUUUUUACAGUAAA